AGAGGCACCCUGGGGGUGUCCCCCCCGUGUUCCCCCCCGGCUUCCCUGCUACUAGAAUUUAUCUGGGACUGAGGCUCAGGGUUGAAGUCAGCGGGCAGCGAAAGAGCACGCACAUUUUGUGCCCCCCUUCCCUCCCUCCCUCCCUCUCUGCCCCCUCCCCGCCCCCGGCAGCCUCUCCUGCCGGCCUGGGAAGCCGGGGAGAUUUAGAUCUGCGAGGCUUUCAGCCAUCACGUGUUUAAAUAGUUGAUAUAAAACCCCAGCGCAGGGGAGCCAGGCGGGGGGACUUUAAGACCAGCCCUCUCCAGGGACCCUUUUGUUUGGCUCUCGAACAUAAGCACCUUCUUCGCCUCGCCGGGACUUCAGCGGCAACUUUGGCCGAGCGGCCCCGGCGAGCCCCGCCGCGAUGUCCCGCUCCUUCUACGUGGACUCCCUCAUCAUCAAGGAUUCGUCGAGGCCGGCUCCGUCCCUGCCUGAGCAUCACCACCACGGCCAGGAUUUCUUCAUCCCCCUCGGCGUGCCUUCCCCCCUCGUCAUGUCGGUGGCGGGGCCGGGCUGCCCGUCCCGCAAGAGCGGCGCUUUCUGCGUCUGCCCGCUCUGUGUCACCUCGCACCUGCACUCCUCCCGCGGUGCCGGCGGCGGCGGCGGGGGAGGAGGUGGCGGGGCCAUCCCCCUGCUCAAGGGCCAGUUCCCCGCCGCCUCCGGCUCCCCCGAGGCUCAGUGCUGCCCGAGGGCCGGCCACGCUCAGCACCCUCCUCAGCACCCUCCGCCCGCAGUGCCCGCCGCCGCCCUGGGGCACCCAGCGCAUCACCCACCUGCCUGCGCCGCCACCGCCUACAGCGUCAGCGACCCCCGGAGGUUUCACUGCCUCGGCAUGGGAGGGUCCGACGCCAGCCAAAUUCAAAACGGGAAGAGGAUGAGGACGGCUUUCACCAGCACCCAGCUCCUGGAGCUGGAGCGGGAGUUCUCCUCCAACAUGUACCUGUCCCGCCUGCGGCGGAUCGAGAUAGCCACCUACCUGAACCUCUCCGAGAAGCAGGUGAAGAUCUGGUUCCAGAACCGCCGGGUGAAGCACAAGAAGGAAGGCAAAGGCACCCAGCGAAACUCCCAUGGGGGCUGCAAGUGCAGCACCGGCCAGGGGCACUACCCCAGGUCGGAGGACGAGGAGUCUUUAUCCCCCUCAUCGGCUACCGAGGAGAAGGAGAUCUCCCCGCUAUGAGCCCCCCGCAGCCCCGGGGUGCAGGGCGGCACACCUGGGGCCGCUCGGUCCCCCACCCCGGCAGCAGCCUUCUUUUGGGGCGCCGGUGUUCCCCUGGGGAUGCUUCAGCCACCCCGUGAGCCCGGCAGCAGGCACCUGCUCCUCCGAGCUUGCAUCGCGGGACAGAACCCGCACUGCCCAGGGGUCCUCCCGGGGCAGUCUGAAGGGAGAAGGAAGGAAGGAAGGAAAGAAGGAAGAAGCAUAUUCGGAACCUGAAAAGCAAACACGAAACGUGUAGGGCUGACACCCCCCCGGACGGACUCCUUAACGCGAAUAAGAAAAGCAAUAAAGCUCAAGUCAUUUGGGUUUGGGACGUCGGUUUGUUUGUGAAUAGUUUUAUAUAAAACUUAUAUUUAUAUUUAUUUAAAUAAAUGAGAUCAGACGAGAAUU